AAUUCCUUUUGAGGAUUUAAUUUGUUAGUGCAAUAAAAUGAUGUUCAUAAUUAUUUUUAUAUCAGGACAGUGAAGAUGGAUUUGAAAAAGAGAGAAAUGUAUUUGUAUGGCCCAUUUUAUAAAGUAAAUGUGGAAAUAUUGGGGGGGGGGGAAAGAAGGAAAUGAGGGAAGGGAUGUUGAAAACGACACAAUAGACGACUCGUUGCAUUGAAUUGAGUGAACCCCACACUCUCCCAACGGCCAUCCCCAUCCUCUUCUGUCCCUCCUCAAAUCCAUUUUUCCGCCAUUAAAGAGCACUGUUCAUCUUAAAACUCGGUCACUCGAACGACAAACUACAAGGAAGAAGAAUGUCCAACAGCUCUCCCAUUUUCCCCAUCCCCGAUUCUCAACAUUUCUGCGACUAUGGCUUCGACCCCCAAAUCGACUACUUUCAGGUUAUGGAAGAAGCAAGGAAGCGUAAGAGAGAAACUUGGGCAAAAUCCUCCAUUAACGGUCUUCAGUUCAAGCUCCAAAAACCUAUUUCAAAGGAUGACCCGACCCGAUCCACAUUGCACAGCAAGAGGAAGCAGCGGUGGUGGUGGAAGAAAGCUUUUCCCUUUUUCAAGUGGCGGAAGUGGCCAAUCUCCGCCGUCGGCCUGAACGAAGAUCGUAGGGCCAGGAAUUUCCGCGCCGUAUCCGGGUCGAUGUCGGGUCCGAUUUACGUAACGGAGAGUCGGAGCGGGCCGAGCACACCGUACCGUACGACGACGAGUAAACCAUCGUCGGGACCUAUAGCGGGCACAUUGACGCCGGCGAGGAAGGGUGACGUGGCGACUCCAUAUCUGAGCUUACGAGAGCUUAACAUGGAGCAGCAACAGAGGAUCUCUACUUCUUCUUCGCCCAUUUACUUGGUCACGUAAAAAAAGAUAGAAAAAUUAAUAACCUUAGAAAAAAAUAUUCAUCUUUUCUUUUUGGUUGAGAAAUUCAAUAGAACAAUGUGAUGUUUUUAAGUCUUUUCUACUUUUGCAGUAGGUGAAAGCUUUAAUGUUUCAUCUAUCAUUCACACGUGAAUCAGUUUAAUUGACAUUUUUUUAAUAAUAUAUAUAGAUUAUAGAUACAUGUAUGUUAUAAGCUUGUAUUUAACAUCUUUAAAU